CUAGAAUUUUCAAUAUAGAAGUAUAACGUAUAAACAUAUAAAAAGAUUUGAUCUUUUGUAUAUACAGUGUAAUUUUUCUAGCGAAGGGAUUCGGAUAGAUGUGGAGGCAAGAGCAGAGCCAAGUAGGAUCGAGGGGAAAUGUAUAUAGUAGAUGUUAUAUUUCUUUUGACUUUUUCGUAUUUUGAACCUCUUAGUGAAAAUUCUGGUCCGUGAAAUGUGAAGAGUGAAGGACACUAUUUGUCCUUACCUUUCAAGUGGUUCUUAUUGCUAUAUAGAAACAAAGAAAGUACUAGUGUUAGUGUAAAGAUGGUGAUGGCUCUUUGUAUUCUAAUGUAGUUUUUGAGAUUCUACAUGUUGGGUGGAGAUAAAAAGUAGAUAGAUAUCUGUGAAAGGGGGAGGACCCAUAUUAGUGGUCCAUUGUAAAAAGGAAACACCAGAGAGUAAUUUUCUUAGAGGGGGAAAGUGCUUUGCUUGGUCAGCAAAUGCACUAUUUUUUACACAUAUGACUUUAACUCAUUUGGCCAUUUUCAAUCACCCCUUUUCAUGACAUUAGUCCAAGAAAAAAAAAGCCUGUUUAUCUGUUGAUUUUAGAGCUUUCUUGCCAUUAAGUACUUUCAAGAAAGCAUCCAAAUCCUGCCCGAGACAAAACACUAGAAUACUUGUGCGAUAUGUUUGAUGUCUAUGAAACCAGGCCAAGGUCAUGCAAUCUUUACAGCAGAAUGCUCACAUUCAUUCCAUUUCAACUGUAUCACUUCAAAUGUAAAGCAUGGUAACCAAAUUUGUCCAGUUUGCAGAGCAAAAUGGAAAGAAAUACCCUUUCAGAGUCCUCUUACAGAUAUAUCACAGCCAAGGUCUCGGAAUGGACAAGUACAUUGGCCUCAACAUGAUGCCUGGAUGACAGUUGUAAGACAGAUCCCUCCUGCACGAUUGGAUACCAAUCGCAACAUUUCUAAUCUUUUUCAAACUGUGGAACCAAGUGUGUUUGAUGAUGAUGAAGUUGUUGAUCACCGACCCAUGGGAAGCCAGAAAAACUCGUCAACUGAUGUGACUAAUCAUCAUUCGAUGGGGGCAAUAGAAGUUAAAACAUGGCCGGAGAUCUCUGCAGUUACAAAAUCAGCAUCUCACAGCAAUUUUGCUGUUUUGGUGCAUCUCAAAGCCCCUCGUGCUGUUGGCCUUCUAAACCAGAGUGGGAUGCCAGUUACAGGUCAGAAUUCCCGAGCUCCGGUUGAUCUUGUGACUGUUCUUGAUGUUAGUGGCAGCAUGGCUGGUACCAAACUUGCUUUGUUAAAGAGAGCGAUGGGGUUUGUGAUUCAAAACUUAGGCCCUGCUGACAGGCUUUCUGUCAUUGCCUUCUCGUCAACUGCUCGUCGUCUCUUUCCUCUUCGUAGGAUGAGUGAUACUGGUAAGCAAGAAGCACUACAAGCUGUGAAUUCACUCAGUUCCAAUGGUGGGACAAACAUCGCUGAGGCCCUAAAGAAGAGUGCCAAGAUCAUGACUGAUCGGAAGUGGAAAAAUCCAGUUAGCAGCAUAAUAUUGUUGUCUGAUGGACAAGACACGUAUACCAUUAACAGUCCUAGUGUAGCUGCUACACAGACUAAUUAUCGAUCAUUACUUCCUGCUUGCAUGCAGCGUAAUGCAGCUUCUUCAGGUCUCCAUAUUCCAGUGCACGCAUUUGGUUUUGGUGCUGACCACGAUGCAGUCUCAAUGCACUCGAUCUCUGAAACUUCAGGCGGAACAUUUUCCUUCAUAGAAGCUGAGAAUGUUAUUCAAGAUGCGUUUGCUCAGUGCAUAGGUGGCCUUUUAAGCGUGGUGGUCCAGGAAUUGUGUGUGGAAGUUGAAAGCGUUCACCCUGUUUUGCGUCUCAAUUCAAUAAAAGCUGGAAGUUAUAACGCCAGUUUAGCAUCUGAUAACAGAAGUGGCAAUAUUGAAGUUGGAGACUUAUAUGCAGAUGAAGAAAGAGAUUUCUUGGUUAUGUUAGAUAUUCCUGCUGAUAGUUCGAGCAACGAUAUGAUGACCCUUGUAAAAGUUAAGUGUACAUAUAAAGACCCGACACAAUCGAACAACUUGGAUUUAGUAACCUUGGAUCAUAUUGGUGAUGUCAAAAUUGAGAGGCCUGACACAAUCGGACAACUUAUUGUGUCAAUGGAAGUUGACAAGCAGCGUAACCGGCUUCAAUCAGCAGAAGCUAUGGCUGAAGCAAGAUCUGCAGCUGAAAAUGGUGAUUUAGCAGCUGCUGUAUCUGUUCUUGAGCGCUGUCGGAAAAAACUGUCAGAAACAGUGUCUGCUAAAGCUGGAGACAGGCUAUGUCUUGCACUGGAUGCUGAGCUGAAGGAAAUGCAAGAGAGGAUGGCAAAUCGUCGUGUUUAUGAAACAUCUGGUAGAGCUUACGUCUUGUCAGGAUUGAGUUCACAUUCAUGGCAGAGAGCAACAGCUCGUGGUGAUUCUACUGAUAGUACAAGCCUGAUUCAAGCUUACCAGACACCAUCCAUGAUUGACAUGGUUAGCCGAUCACAAACAAUGUACCUCGGUAGUCCAGCUCCUCGGCCACCUCUAAGGCCUCUACGAUCAUUUCCUGCUCGACAACAGCCUAGGUGAUCCUCAACACACCUUUUCUUCCCUCUACUUUCAAGAAUUGGUUAUGUCAAGACUCUAGACUGAUUUUUUCUUUUGUUUUUUCCUCCUGUUUCAAUCUUUUCGGGUUUUGGGUAAUCAUGGGCUAAAGGGAGGUAUAUUUCUAGUAAAAAUGUACAUUAAUAAAGAAGAUUUUGGCAAGAAUUGAGGGCAAAGACAAAAGAAAAAUAGCCAGUAAAUUGGCUUCAAGAGGAAUUGAGUGAGGGUUAGCAUUGAAAAUCCUAGAGCUGAGGCUCUAUCGGAAACAGUCUCUCUAUCUCCCGAGGUAGAGGUAAGGUCUGCAUACACUCUAUCCUCUUCAGACUCCACUCGUGGAACUGUAUUGUUGACUAUUAUGGGUGUAUAAAGGAGAAAUUCUGUGUUCUCUUUUGGUGAGUUUUGGGGUAUAGUCCAUUGUAAUUGUUGGUAUACAGGGGGGGUGUUUCUUGAAUUUAUAUAUAAAAAAUUUCCUUCACUAUCCUAUGUGAAGCUCAAAUUUAGUGCAUCAAUCUAUUUAUUUUU